AACUCAAGAUUGCCACCAGCAGAGAAAUGGCUGAAGGAAAUGGAGAAUUGGUCGAGGAAAUGGCAAAUCAGAAACUGGAAGGAGCUGGCGAUGGCGAACGGACAGAAGACUACACUAAACUGCUAGAAUACGGGCUCGACAAAAAGGUCGCUGGCAAGCUCGAUGAGAUCUACAAAACCGGCAAGCUCGCUCACACCGAACUGGACGAGCGGGCCCUGGACGCGCUGAAGGAGUUCCCCGUCGAUGGUGCCUUGAACGUACUGAGCCAGUUCCUAGAAUCCAACCUGGAGCAUGUGUCCAACAAAUCGGCCUACCUGUGCGGGGUGAUGAAAACGUACCGCCAGAAAAGCAGAGCCAGCCAACAGGGACUACCCACACCUGCAAUAACAGUACAAGCGAAAGGUCCAGACGAGGACAAGAUCAAAGCCAUUCUGGAACGCACAGGAUACACACUCGAUGUGACGACAGGACAACGAAAGUACGGCGGUCCCCCUCCGAACUGGGAGGGCGGCACCCCGGGCAAUGGGUGCGAGGUGUUUUGUGGCAAAAUACCCAAAGACAUGUACGAGGAUGAGCUGAUACCGCUGUUCGAAAAGUGCGGCAAAAUAUGGGAUCUCCGCCUGAUGAUGGACCCGAUGACCGGCACGAAUCGGGGCUAUGCGUUCGUCACCUUCACCUCACGGGAUUCUGCCUGCAAUGCAGUGCAGGAGCUGAAUGAUUAUGAAAUUCGGAAAGGCAAAAAGAUUGGUGUAACGAUAUCAUUUAACAAUCACCGGCUCUUUGUCGGAAAUAUACCUAAGAAUAGAGAUCGCGAUGAGUUGUUAGAGGAAUUUGCUAAAUACGCACCCGGCCUAAUGGAAGUGAUAAUCUACAGUUCACCGGACGACAAGAAGAAGAACCGAGGAUUCUGCUUCCUCGAGUACGAGUCACACAAAGCGGCAUCGCUAGCGAAGCGGCGACUCGGAACGGGAAGGAUAAAGGUGUGGGGUUGUGAUAUAAUAGUGGACUGGGCGGAUCCCCAGGAAGAACCGGAUGAACAAACGAUGAGCAAGGUCAAAGUAUUAUACGUGCGCAAUCUGACACAGGAUACCAGUGAAGAGAAGUUAAAGGAAAGUUUUGAACAGUUUGGCAAAGUUGAACGGGUGAAGAAAAUCAAAGACUACGCGUUCAUUCACUUCGAGGAUCGUGACCACGCGGUCAACGCGAUGAAGGAGCUGCACGGCAAGGAACUCGGAGGGUCGAACUUGGAGGUUUGUGUGUCACUGGCGAAACCUCCGUCCGAUAAGAAAAAGAAGGAAGAGAUCCUGCGAGCCCGGGAAAGGCGCAUGAACCAAUUUCUGCAGUCCAGGAUGGGGAUAGUUGGUGAUUUCGUUCCUCCCUACAGCAUGUCGCCCCAGCAUGCCGGUAUGAUGUCAGGUGCAAUGCCACCGAUGCGAAUUCCUAGCGGUGCCGGUGGUCCCCGAGGAGCUCCGAUGCGUGGCCCGAUGAGCCGCGGCGACUAUGCAGCAAUCGGUAAACGUAAGUUCGACGGAGGUCACCAAAAUCAAGGGGAUAUCAAACGGCGCUACGGAGCGGCGGCAGCAGCAGCAAUAGGAAAUCUUGGUAGUAACUGGGGCAGUCAGCCCUUGCCCCAGCAACCCCUCGGCACCAACGGUGGGGAGCAGUGGUACACCGACACCUACUCGGUGUGGAGCUAAAGAAACAACAACAACAUCAACCGCAAAUCGUACACACUUUCACAAACUCACAUCGGAUGAAAAUUUACCCUAACACACACUCACACACACACAAACAUCGGAAUCAUCGGUUGAUAAAACAAACAAAAAAAAAACACAUUCAAGUCGACGUGCAACACGGAAUGGAAAGCAGUCAUCGCCUAGCAAUCGCUACGACUUUUACUAAUACUAAUAGGAUUAUAAAAAAAACGUAAACAAUUAUGUAGCUAUAUUGGUUCAUCAAAAUUCAAACAAAAAAAGGCGAAAGCUCUCACCAAUACAAUCGUAGUUACACUCUAAAUUGCAAACGUACUACUACUAUACGAUAAACAGUCUCUUUUAAAGAAAAAAAAAAUAAAGAAUACAAUUAGAUCGCUAAUUAUAUUGUAUAAAAAGCAAACACACAAAAAAAAAACUUAUCUUUCGCUAAUCAUCAAAAAAACAAUAAUAAGAAAACGGUAAAAAAUGACUGAAUUUUUCAUAAUUCUUAAUAUUUAAGAUUUAGAAAUUAAAACAAAAAAACAACAGCAAGAAAAAGGAUACGUACUGUAAUCAACCAAGUUGUAGAAUUUUAAAAUUAUUCAACAUUCGAAACUUUGAGAUUAACCCAGAAAAAUUAGGCCAUUUUUAUUUGAAAUUUCAUCUUUGAUUUAAUACUUCAUUCGAUACACACUGAAAACAAAUUAACAAUUCGAUGAAAUGGCGGAUCUCCACCAACCCAACUCACCCAAACACACACACACACACACACACACACACACACAUACACAUACACGCAUGUGUUCGCGCUCCACCUACCGGAAAUGGGCGGGGGAGGGUUAAAAAGAGAAAGUGAUAAGUUUCUUUCAGUUUUCGAAAAUUAUUACCAAUAUUUCCUAAUUGCUAAAAGAAUGCCUAAGUCGUAUUAAGAAAACAAAAACAGCAGCAGCAAAAAAAAAAUCCAAACUCAAAGUGAAGAAAUUUAGUUAGAUUGAAAAUCUCACCGUGCUUCAAAAGUAAUGUCGACACCGUAGGAAGGAGGAGACGAAAAAAAAAUUAACCCAAUACAGGAAAAGCAAAAAAAAAAAAAAAGAAUCGUUUGAGUGUUUCGAAGAAACGGAAAUUUAGUUUUGGUGACUCUUUGGAAAAGUAAAUUAAAAAAAAAAACAAUGAUGUAAAUAAAUUUUCGGACAGUGCGAAUUCGUGUAUUUAGUAAUAAUAAAAAAAAACUAGAAAAAAGAAUCAGUUUCGGUGGAAUAAAAAAAUAUGGAAGAAUAACGAAAAAAAAACACAAGCAAGCAAAAAUAUAAGAAAACAUACAAGUGAUUUAUUUUGAUUAAAGAAGAAAAGAAAAACGUCAUAAAGAAAAAAAAACAAAACAAAGUAUAAAAAAUUCAAUAUGGUGAAAUGUGAUUAACUAAAGAAAAGAAAAUAUUUGUAAAAAGAACAAAAUCUUGUAAAAUUUGGAUGUGUAGGAUUUAGGCUCUUCGGAGUAGCAAAAAAAUUAUCAGUUUGGCUUGGCAUGUGCAGAAGAAAAUUGCAGUGAUUAAAGAAAUCUUUCAAAAAGAGGAAAAAAAAUGCGCGGAAACCGAAUCGGAAAAACAGCGGAAAAAAGUGAUAAGUGCAAAAUUCAAAAGAAAACCAAACAUUCGGAAGUGAUCGAAGCAAAAAAAAAAUAACAAGUUUAGGUGAAACCAGGAAAACAUACGACAAAAUAGUGUAAAACACGAAAAGUUUGAUAUCAGCUUUUUUUUUAGGCAAAGAAGAACAAUUUAGGCAUGACAAUAUUCGAAAUUAUCGAUCGGCAAAGCUUUUGAAAGUGGCGGCAAAGCGAGAAACAUAAUCUGACUGACAGUUUCGUUUUGUUUUUGGGAGAAAAAAAAAUCUGGCAACACAUACCAAUGGUAGCAAGGGGCUCCCCGCUGUCGUAGCACCGUGAAGGCUUUUUUCACACACAGAAAACGUACACUCUAAGAUUGAAACCAUCAAAAUUCGAUUGAAGAAAAUCAUUGCUUACUACGAUCCAUUUUUAUAAACUCACACACAGGAAACUGGAAACACUGUAGAAUUUGUUUUCCUUGGCAAAAAGUGGGAAUUGUGCGUUUGACAAGCUUCACUUUUUUGGAAAUUUUAUUUUAUUGAUUAUAAAAGGAACGCACAGUUUCCAACUACAAACCAUCUCACACUACCGGUGCAUUGCUGCCGCAGUGGAAUUUAUAUCAAUUUUGUUUAAUUCUCUGUUAUUUGUUGAUUCGAAAAAAAACAACCCUUUUUUUAAGCAAAACAAAACAAACACACAUAUACAUAGAAGGAUAGCAGAAAUCGUUCAAAGCAAACCAGCUCCCUUCGCACGGAAGGUGAUGCAAAAGUAAACUACAAACAAAUCCACUAGCCACGACAGACCGACCAACCGACCGACCGACGACGUUUCGGCUCCACCCUGGCGAAGUCAAUGGCGGUGACGAUCGCUCUCACCAAUACAAGCACACGCAGAACCGGUUUUCACAAUUGCUGGCAUGCGCUGGAGCAAAUAAGUGGAAUUUCUUCGAGUCGUCGUGGUGUUUUCUUUUUCAAUUCUUUGUUGUCAGAAAACUGGAAUGGUGCCCCAAAAAAAAAAAAAAGCUGCCUUAAAUGAAAUUUACACUCGACAUAAACAAACAAGCAAACAACCAACCACAGUCACACACACACACAUACAUUAAGCUGAGCGGAAAAGAAGCAUGGAGCAAACAGAAGGAAGGAUGAAUGGAUGGAUAAGAAGGAGAAUACAACAAGCAAACAAGCAAAAAAAAAUAUGUGGGAGAAAAGACUGAAUGAAAAUUAUUUCAAAUUAUUUAGAAGAAGGAAUAUGAGAAGCGAAGGAGAACGGCUCCGAUCGAGGAAUGCAACAAGGAUGGCGGCGACUGGCCGGAGACGACUGGCUGCCAUUUGCAUGACGGAUUCAGGAGAUCUGCGCGCGUGGCGACGUGACGUAAACGCAGAAAAACGCUCGCUCUCGAGCUCGAGCAGAGCGGAUCGGAUCGGAUGGAAAGACUCGUGAACCCUUUUUUUUUAGUGUGCUAGGAGCGUUCAAUUAUUAUUUGUUUAUUUUUCCGGUCAAAAUAACGAUUGAAAACUGUAAAGAAGAGAACACGUAACGCUAAAGAAAAAAAAACUAAGUGAAACAAGAGUAAAAUUAUGCAAUAUUCAAUCAUUAUUUUUAAAAUAUUUUUUUGUGUACGUUCUAAAACUCAAAAAUUAUGUAGCGGAUUUAAACGAUUGUAAAAGUGAAGCAAAACCAGUUUAGUUGUAAAGAGCAAUUUUUCAAGUCGACAAAAACGGAUCUAGAAAGGUUUUUGACACGUGCAAAAAAUACACACUCUGCCCACAGUAGGCCGUGCCCACCGAUGACAGCUGCUCCACAGUGCUGCCAGCUUUGUUUCAAUUUCCUCUGUUUGUAUACUUUUUUUUUUUUAGUUUUCGUCAAAAACGUUACCGUUUUAUCUAUUUGUAGCUGUAAUUUCCCGUUAUUAUUUUUUGUUACCUCGUAAUCGUUAUCUUUCUAUUCGGAAGCAUAUUCUGUUUUUGUUCAUCUUUGUUGGUUAAAUGUUUCGAUUUUGGCUGGCAGCACUUGUCCGCUGCCUUGGGCGAGACUGGCCUGCUCUUCCGGGCAGACACAGCAGCGCGUACCUUCGGCGGAAAAAUAUUCUAAUUAUAUAAAUAUUAACGUUUAGAUGUUAUUCUUAAUUGUACGCGCUAAACGGAGAAAAGAAAAAAAGAAAAAAACCGACGGAAGAAAUAUUUGUAAAGAAGCUACUGAUAAAAGAAAGUAAAGAAAAUCAAACACUGACAGAACUAAUCGAAGAAAAAGUGAAGGCAAAAAAUGUGAAAAUCCGAGAAAAAAUGGAAAAAAAAAAUAUUUGUAUAAAAAAUAUAUAUUGAGAAGUUAUUAUGUUAAUUAUAUAUUUUUUAUUUUAUAUUGUAUUUUGAUUAUAAUAACGUAAAUUUUAAUUAUUUUAGAUAAAAUUACCCUAUUUUUAGUUCAUACAUGAGAAAACAAAACCCAGCCAACAACUAAUAAUCGCAAAAACCAGUUUUCAGAAGAAAUUUGACGAAAAAUUCGAGCAGAACACAAUGAACGAUUUCCCCCUUCUACCGUUUUUUAAAGCAUAAAAGAAACAUAAUUAAAAUAAUUAAUUAAUUUUAAAUUAUCCAAAAGCCUCCACACACUAUUUUUCUUUAUUUAAUUUUUACAAGAUUUAAGUUUAAACAGUACGUCAAUGUGAAGCAACAUUCAACUUACAUAACCUUUGCCUACACAUGUAUGCCUCCAGUUUUCAUUUUUUUUUUCUUGAUCACAUCAAUCUAGUUUAGUAGACAAGUUUCCAAACAAACACACAGCAAAAACAACAGAUGUGGAAUCGCAAACAAAAAAGCAUAAUAUAUUAUUCACAGAAUUUUAAUCUUAUACAUAGUAAAGCAGAAUAGUUUUAAUCUCCUUAUCUAAACAGAAACAGACAAACAAACAAAAAGCAGCAAAGCAAACACUUACUAUCAAUCAACCAAAAGCAGAUGAUAAAGAAGAAAAACACUCAAACAUUAACGUCAAAUCACAGAACAACUACGAAGAUUAUGACCCCCCUUGAUUUAACAAUAAAAAAAAACACAAGAACAAAAUGGAGACCUCGAGUCAGAGCACCGUUUGUAAAUCGUUUCUUUACUCAAAGAGCAAAACAGAAAACAAAAAAAAAAACCGCACUGAGAGCCAUCCUAGGGAGAGACCACGCAAAGCUAGAAACGAGGAACGUCAAACAACAACCAUAGAAACAAACAAACAAUAACAAGGCAGCAAUGGAAAGAAGAGAAAGCGAGAUUAGCAGCGACGAUUAGCAGACGAAGCAGCAGACAAACAAAACACCACCAGAGUCAUAGCCAACUUUGUUCUCAAGCACAGAUUAAAUGUACCGUUUGAUUAGUCAUUAUGUUUACCAACCCUCGGAACAACAAACUUACUUUUUUUUCUCAUCCACACCGACACAGACACUCACACAAGCAUCAACCUUCCAUCCCGGUGGAUAUCUCUUCCGCUCCCGCGGACUCUGCACUCUCGAGUGUUGAUAGCAGUUUUUGUUCCUCCCUCGCACAUUCCCUUUUCCAGUCCCGAAAAAAAAAAAUCUCUUUUGUGUUUUGAUCAACAAGCAGCAGCAUUUCUUUCUCAUUUCCUCUCAAUUCUUCAUUCUCAUCAACUCACUCUCAUAAUAAACUCAUUACUGACACACAUACACAUAAACAGACGAGCCAUGAAGAGCUUCUUGAGUUUCAUUAUUGUUUUGUUUUUUGUUUACAAUUUUUGUUGGUAAAAUUACACUUUAAAUUUGGAUCUGGUUGGCAAUUUCGAUAGACGGAUAAAAUACACACAAACACUCAAGUUGUACGUAACGUAUAACGAAAAAAGAAGAAACAGUAAAAAAUCAAUAAGCAAAGAAAGGAAAGCUAAAACUGAGAGAGCAAAGUAAGCAUUAACUAACAGGAACAACAACAACAACAACAGUAGAAAAAAACACACACAUUUCAAGCAAACUAAAAUACGAAUUGAAGGUAACAUAAAUUAAGCGGAGUUGAAAGCUUCCCGUGGUUUGAAGUAUAAGAAUUGGCAAUUGAUAAAGAAACACAAAAUGACAUGAAAAGCUUCACAGGAAAGCUUUCAAUUUCGGUUCUUGUUUAGAACUACUUCCGGCAAUUUAUUUAACAACCUAAACGAAGAAGAGGAAGAAGAAUAAGCAAACAGAAGAGUAAAUAACCAGAGAGAAGAAAGAAAACAGAAAACAAACAAGUAACAAAUAAAUAAAGAUAAACAACCUUUGUAUCUUCUCUAUAUACGAAAGAAAAAUAAAUAAAAAUAAAUGUUAA